AUGUCAGUUGAUGAAUUGCAUAGUUCACUGUUGGUGCAUGAGCAGAAACUUAAAAGUCAAAAUACUACAAUAAAGGAGAUAGCUUUAAAAGCUCCACCUGCAAUGAAUCCUCAUCAUGGAAAGGCUCUGGUCAUGGUCGAGGUGGAGGUCGAGCAAGAGGAAGAGGGAGAGGUCCUCAUGAUUUUGGCAGCAGAGGAAAUCAUGAUUUCGACAACAGAGGAAAAUCUGAUUCUAGAGGUAGAGUCAGAGGUCAAUACAAACAACAAAGACAUCAUGAGUCAAAACUUGAAAAAUCACAGAUUGAGUGCUAUAGGUGUGGUAGGUACUGUCACUAUCGGUCUGAAUGCUACACUAACAUGUCUAAAGAAAGGGGUGAGACAUCAAAAUUUGAACAAAGAGAUGAAGAAAUUCUUCUUAUUGCUUGCGAUACAAAAGAGGAAUCACAUUCCAAUUGGUGGUAUAUUGACUCAGGAAGUAGCAAUCGUAUAUGUGGGAGUAAGUCUGAUUUUCAUCAUUUAUAUUGAUGGGAAGAGUGAUAUCCAAAUCAAAGCGAAGGAUAACUUCCUUCAAACGAUUUCUAAUGUGUAUUAUGCUCUUGCCUUAAAAACCAAUUUUCUUAGCAUUGGCCAACUGCAAGAGAAGGGCUAUGUGAUCACCAUCAAAGAAGGCACUUGUGAGAUCAGUGAUCCGAGAAGAUGA